AUGGCUGCUGCUAAGGGAAUGGCCAUUGGCAUCGACCUGGGCACCACCUACUCAUGCGUGGGGGUGUUCCAGCACGGUAAGGUAGAGAUCAUUGCCAAUGACCAGGGCAACCGCACCACCCCCAGCUAUGUGGCCUUCACCGACACGGAACGGCUCAUUGGGGAUGCGGCCAAGAACCAGGUAGCCAUGAAUCCCCAGAACACUGUCUUUGACGCCAAACGUCUGAUUGGCAGGAAAUUUAAUGAUCCUGUAGUGCAGGCAGAUAUGAAACACUGGCCUUUUCAAGUAAUCAAUGAAGGAGGCAAGCCCAAGGUAACAGUGUCCUACAAAGGGGAGAAAAAAGCUUUCUAUCCUGAGGAAAUCUCUUCUAUGGUACUGACAAAGAUGAAGGAGACUGCUGAGGCCUUUUUGGGCCACCCUGUCACCAAUGCUGUGAUAACUGUGCCAGCUUAUUUCAAUGAUUCUCAGCGUCAAGCCACCAAGGAUGCAGGUGUGAUUGCGGGUCUCAAUGUGCUAAGAAUUAUCAAUGAACCCACAGCUGCUGCCAUUGCAUAUGGCUUAGAUAAAGCAGGUCAGGGAGAGCGACAUGUCUUGAUCUUUGACCUGGGUGGAGGAACAUUUGAUGUGUCCAUCCUGACCAUAGAUGAUGGAAUCUUUGAAGUAAAGGCCACAGCUGGGGACACCCACCUUGGUGGAGAGGACUUUGACAACAGGCUUGUGAGCCACUUUGUGGAGGAAUUCAAGAGGAAGUACAAGAAGGACAUCAUCCAGAACAAGCGAGCCGUGAGGCGGCUGCGCACCGCCUGCGAGCGGGCCAAGAGGACCCUGUCGUCCAGCACCCAGGCCAACUUGGAAAUUGAUUCACUUUAUGAAGGCGUCGACUUCUACACGUCCAUCACCAGAGCCCGAUUUGAAGAGUUGUGUACUGGAAUCCCUCCUGCACCCAGGGGAGUGCCUCAGAUUGAAGUGACCUUUGACAUCGAUGCCAACGGUAUUCUCAAUGUAACAGCCAUGGACAAGAGCACGGGCAAGGCCAACAAGAUCACCAUCACCAACGACAAGGGCCGGCUGAGCAAGGAGGAGAUUGAAUGCAUGGUCCUGGAUGCUGAGAAGUACAAAGCUGAGGAUGAGGUCCAAAGAGAGAAAAUCGCUGCAAAAAAUGCCUUAGAAUCUUAUGCUUUUAACAUGAAGAGUGCUGUGAGUGAUGAGGGCUUGAAGGGCAAGAUUAGUGAGUCUGAUAAAAAGAAAAUACUGGAUAAAUGCAAUGAGGUCCUUUCGUGGCUGGAGGCCAAUCAACUGGCUGAGAAAGAAGAGUUUGAUCACAAGAGAAAGGAAUUGGAGCAGGUGUGUAACCCAGUCAUCACCAAACUCUACCAGGGAGGAUGCGCUGGGCCUACCUGUGGGACAGGGUAUACUCCUGGAAGGGCUGCCACGGGCCCCACCAUCGAAGAAGUAGAUUAA